AAUGCACACUUAUGUAUACAAUGAACGCGCAUUUAAUUUGAUAAUAAAUUUGCAAUUUUGUUUGAGUUUGCAGUUUUAAGUUGGUGAAAGAUAUAGGAUAUUCUUUUAUGUUUCUUUUAAUAAUUAUUAUUUAUCCUGGUCGUUAGAAUGGAUAAUCCCAAGGACGAAGACAGUGGACAGUAUAGUGGAGUUAUUAAAGCAUUGAUUAACAUGUUUGGGACGGUUUCUAGUCGAGAGAUGAUCGUCGAUGUCGUAGAGAACUGUGGUGGUGAUAUUAAUUUAGCUGUAGAAGGUAUGAUGAAUAUUACAAGCGGGAUUAAUAAUCAAUCUACAACACCUAAUACCAGCCUUGUUGUAAAUGACGUCACACCAAAAGAUGUCUCAAUAUCUACUAAUAAUGAAUCAAAUAGUACAUCCUCACUUAUAAAUAUACCUGUCACUACAGUGGUAGGCGAAACUACAAUUGCUGAAAAUAAGAGAAUAAUACAGAAUACAGACAUGUCACAUAAUUUAAAAAAUAUAAAAGGGCAUUCUUCCAUGAAGGCAUUAAGUUCACCUGUACAUAAUACGAAUGAAUUAGCAUCUGUUACCCAGGAGGAAUCUGUCAGGUCUCUAAUAUCAAACAAUACUAAUUCAAGUUGUUCUCGGGGUUCAAUGAGUCAUACUGGAGCUGUUCGAAAACGAUUAAAGCCUCAAAAUUCAACAUUUUGGACAGAUCAAUUACGAAGACUUCUAAAUAAUCAUAAUGCAGGUAAUAGGAUAUUGAUUAUUAUGAGAGGAGCUCCUGGCAGUGGAAAGACAUACUUAGCCAAACAAGUAAUAGAAAAUAUUAUAGGAUCUACGCCUGGUUUAUUUGAGACACAUGUUUUCAGUACGGAUGAUUAUUUUAAUGUAAGAGGAAUUUACCAAUUUAACAGAAGUAAUUUAUCCAAUGCUCACGCUUGGAAUCAAAAUAGGGCCAGAUACGCCAGUGAGAAAGGUCUUAGUCCCAUUAUUAUUGAUAAUACUAAUAUAGAAGACUGGGAAAUGGAGCCAUAUUUUAGAAUUGCAGUUGCUUAUGGUUACAUUGUUGAAAUUAUGGAACCAAGUACAACAUGGUCUAAAAAACCAUCACAAUUAGUGAAAAGAAAUUCGCACAAUGUACCGUUAUUAACUAUUCAAAGAAUGUUAGAUAACUAUCAAAAUUUUACACCUGAUUUAUUAUUUCGCCGUUUCAAAUUAUCGUAUCCCGCUAAUAUGAAACCACCGGUAUUACGUAAUAUACCGAGUAUUGAACAUGUUUCUUCUUCGGAUAGUAAAAAUUCAUGCUCUACAUCAGUAAAAACUAAUAUGAAAACCACUACAAUGCUCAAAAAUACUAUUGAAACAGUUCAGGCAGGUUGUAGUAAUAAAUCAGCUGAUAUUUUGUUGAAUGAAGUGAAUAAUUCUCCCAUUUGUAACCCUGAAGUUGAUGGCAAUUUAAGUAAUAUACCUACGAAUAAUAUAAGGGAAAUUGUGGAUCACAGAAAUGACGAUGAUACUAAACAUCAAAUGUUUUGUUAUGAAAUGGGAAAACAACAAGAAGAAAUUGAAAAGGUUGAAAGGGAAUGGGAAAACGGAGAAGCAUGGGACGACAGUUCUAAACCGAAUAUUAGUACUACAGUAACAGAAGCAGAAACUAUUACAUCAUCUCAUCCUAAACCACAAAGAUGGAAUUCUGCAAAUAAUAUAGUUUCAGAUGAAAGGAUUCUGAAAACGGUAAAUGAUGGUAAUGACUGGAGUAAGAUGUCAAUGUUUUUGUCUCCUUGGAAUGAGAAUAUACCAGCGAAUUUAGACACUAUUGAGGUAUCUACAGAAACUAGAUCUAGUGGUACAUGCAUUGAAUCGGGAGACAGUUCAAAUGAAAAAAAUCAGUUUAAGGUAUUGACUACUACAUCCAGAGAUAUAAAUUUAUAUCAUAUCUCCCCCAUCAAAAAUAAAAUACCCCAAGUGUGUAAGCUCGACAAAAGUAGUAUGACUAAUGAUCAGAUAUUAAUGGAAAGUUAUAGAUGUGAAUAUGAGGAGAAACAUUUUAAUGCAUUUCGGAAAAUGUUUAGAAAAUUACCGAGGGCAGCUCUAAGAGAUAUUUUUGAUAAAUGCCAGGGCGAUGUUAAUUGGGCAGUAGGAAUUGUUAUUGACGAUAUUGAAAACAAUAGGUUGCAUUUGUUGGAUUCUGAAGAAUUGUCGGAUACAGAUGACAGUGUCGAUGAAUGUGGUUGUAUGGCUGCUUAUAAUAUCAUACCUGACACGAAGAUGCCAAAUUUAAUUUCGACAAAUGUACCACAAGAUACCACCAGUGUAGAUACACAGAAACAACGAAAAGUAAAAAAAGCAAUUGCUAAUUCCGAUACAUCAUUACAGUUAAAACGCCAAAUAGAACAGAAUGUUGUAAUAUCAGAUAAUCAUUAUUCGGACCAUUGUUUAAGAAUUAGAAAAAUACGCCGAGGGGAACUUAAUUAUGCAGAUAAUUUAGAAACAACUGCCGAAGAAUCAGAAGGUGCACAGGCUAGCUCAGUUACGGAAUAUGAGAGUAAUUCAUCACCAGAUGGCGCUGGUAAUGGUGAAUAUAGCGACGACGACGACGACUCCUCAAGUACUGAGGAACCUGAAAAGUGUAUAAACAUGUAUUUAGGCAGGGAAUUUAUAACUCAAUUGGAUGAACUUUUUGGUAGAAAAGACAUGACAUAUCCAGACAAUGUAGUACCAAAGAUUAGCAUGCCACAGUCAUUAUUAAAUCAAAUAAAUGCACUGUGGAUGGAAUCCCUUAUGCAUCAAUUUGAUGAAAAUGAGAAACAAUCAGAAUUGCAAGAUAAAGAAUUUGCCAGAGAACUGGCUAUGAAAGUAAACGAAUUGGCUGCAGCUGGAGAGGAACCUGUAGUACCUGAUUUUAAAGAAAUAAUGGAUAUGGAUUUCGCGAUGUCUCUUUACCAAAAAGAUGUAGCUGAAUGGCGUAAUAAAGAACCUAGCGAUAUGGCAGCCAGGAUGAGUAGGGAGAAGUUGUAUAAUUUAUUUCCAGAGAUAUCCCAAGAACUUUUAUCUGAGUUGCUUAUGGCGCAUGAUAAUAAUUUUCAGGCCACUGUCGAGGGCUUACUUAUAUCAACAGGAAAAUCGGAAAUUGUUGAAGAAAAGAAUGGCAUUAGUAAAUUUGUAAUGCAGAAGGAAAUGGAACGACAGGAGAAAGUUUUAGAAGAAGAGAGGAAAGCUAUUGCACAAGUGGAAUGGCCAUUGUUACCGGCAGUCGAUAAUGUGGACAUGAACGUUAUAAACAAUUAUCGACAGGAUGCUGAGAAACAUCUUUCGAGCCGAAAUUUAAACUAUCAGAAGGCUCAAGAAUACAUUCGCCGCGGGAUGACACAAGUGGCCAAUUACUACUCCGACGUAGCGGCCUUCCACAAACUAAAGUUCGAGCACUCUAAUAGCCUCGCCGCCGCCUCUCUUAUGCAAUUUCACGCAGCUAACAAUCCAAACAACGCGACAGUUGAUCUUCAUUACUUACGUGUUUCUGAAGCCAAAGAGUCUCUCGAUUUGUUUCUUGACGUACAUAUCAACAAAAUGAAAGAGAAUCAUGUAAAAAAGCAGGGUCCAAAGUACCAUGCUUUGUAUAUCAUUACGGGACGUGGCUUGCACAGCAAAGGGAUGCCCAGAAUUAAACCAGCAGUGAAACGUCGGCUACGGGAACGUAACCUGCAUUUUGGCGAAUGUAAUCCGGGCCUGCUUACAGCAAAUGUUUCUGCUAAUGACAAGUUAACAUUUGAAAUCCAGACACCAUGACAAAAAGCAAAGGGAGAGACGAAGAAAAAAGAAUAGUGAGCUUCAACAACAACGACGUUACCACAAUCCAUUGUAUUUACUCUUCUUUGACUAUGUGAAUAAAGUAUAAAACAUAAUAUGCGAGCUACGUGGUCAUUUCAUGAUAGUUUGUGUCCAUGGCCUCAUAAACUUCUUUAUCAAAGGUUUGGUCCUAAAAUAUUUUGUAUAUUAUAAUGUAUUUUUCUUUGUGUUUUUUUGUUUUGUAUUUGUAUACUUAUGAUUGACUUUAUUUCAGAACAUCUGGAAUUUAUUUUUAUGUUUAAAGUUGAAAUAUAUUAUUUCGGUUUGCUAGUUUAUUUGAUAAUUAGUUGUAAAACCAAAAAGACUGUAAAAAAGUGAUUUAAGCUAAAUUUCGUGAUCGUUGUUUUGACAUGUACAUUGUUACUUAAGGGCUCAAGGUGGGUUUCAAUCAGAUGCUAUUUUUGUAUGUACAAACAAAACGAGAUAUUAACGCGAAAAGCGAAUAUUGGAUGAUUAUUUUAGUUUUAGGUUUACUUCCGUUUUGGUAUUUUGUAAAUCUUAUCCCAUCUAGUAGCCCGUUUUUUUUGUAUAUGUUAUAUAUAAUAUAUACUAGUUAUGUGUACUAAUUUACAUGUCAACAGAAUGAUCGUGAUAGUGGGAUGUUUGAUUGAUAAGAACAGGAAUGUAGUUUACUUACAUAUAAGUGAAUUAAUGUAGUUCAUAUUUUUUCCAAAUUCAUUAUCUUAAGUAUUAUCUCAUUUUAUAUUCAUUAUGGCUUAAGUUUGGUGCUCUAAAUUAACUGCUAAAAUCGCGUAUUGAAUGCGCUUCAUUUAUGAAUAAAUUUAUGCUCUGUCUAUGAUGCUAAACUUAAACUAGAGUUAACGUUACGUUAAUACGAUAACGUUAAUAUUUUUAAUAAUAUCAUUUAGGGCGUUCGUAUACUACUACUGCAGCAGCGCUUGUCGUUGUUCUAAAAGGACAAUGGCUUUAUUUUAUACGUUUUGUAAUUGGUCUAAAGAAUAUAAGAUUAUAAUACUAUGUCAAAAAUAUUAUUGAUAAUUAUAAUAUUGUGUAAAUACAAGAUUGGGUAAGCUACAGGGAAAUAAAACUUAGUAGUAAUGUAAAAAAAUUAACACUUAUUUUUUUUUUUUUAAUUAAAAUUUAUAUUUGGAUGUGGAAUAAAAAUUUUGAUUAUCCAUAAAGAUUGAGAAUGACUUGUGGCGGUAUUUUGGGAUGGAUUUUAUCAGCUGUAGUGACUGUUGUCUCCGUAACGACCUAUAUAAUUUAACGUUUCUUUCGACAGAAUAGUGCCAUAUCUGAAAUAUUUUAAUGUCUGUAACUUUAGUAGAUGCACUUUAAAAUGGCAUGACAUAUUUUAAGGCUAAGGUUAGGAUUCUUUAUUAGUGCGUUGCCAAAUACUUGUAAAGAAUAACGGAAUGACAAUUAGGUGUUUAUACGACACAAUUAGGGUUCAUAGAGAGAAAGGAAUUGAAACGUGUCAUUAUUUUUAAAUUUUUGUAUUAAUUUUAAAUUUUAUCUAUAGAUCAUGUCACACCUGUAGAUGACGUGUGGCAUUGUGUGACAAGAAAUGGGAACAGUAAAAAAGUAUUCAUUAAUUUGGAAAUAUUUCCAACGCUAAUAAACAUUGCAAAACGUGAUGUUUCACUGUCGUGAAAGUCACAAAGUCGUGUUAUGUAAUUUAUGGUUGGCCUGUAAUAGAGCAGGUUAUGAAUGAUAAAAAUAACAUUUAUAAAAAAUAUGUAUUAUUAAAAAAUAUAUAAUGUCUAUUGGGGACCAAGCUAAGUCCAAAUUCUUCGUGCUUCUUUAUAUAAAUGUGCCGUGAGUGCCCGCUUAUAUGUGCGUUUGAUAUAGGACUUAAAAUAUAUUAGUCGAUAAAGCUCAAUAUCGCAUAAUAUAUUUUAUAAAAAUCGUUAAAUGUUUGAUAGAGGCGAGAGGGGAGAUGUGAUUUGUUGGUAGAUAACGUUGCGACUGCGGUAUAGUAUACAGACGUUCUUAUAUAUAUUGUUAAAAGUUCAUAACAUUCGUCAGAAAAGUUGACGAAUUAUUUUAUUAACAGCCUUAAAUCUACGGCCUAAAUAGUAAAUUUUGAUUAACAGAGAGUACUGUCAUUGUCAAUGCUGUAAAUAUUAUCAUUCGAUACGUAUUGACGUAUAUUAUAUACCUAGGUAAGGACCCAGUUAUGAACAUCUACACUUCAAGUGUAAACUUUGAUUGUAGGGGCGAAGUCUGUCAUGAGACGUAGGUAUCGUAUCAUAUUAAUCUUUACAUAAAAUGAAGUCAUGAAGUUGGAACAAGGCGAAAAUGGUAUGCGUUGAGCUUUCACUUAAAAAUGACUUCUCUUUCUCCUUUUCUAACUUUAUAUGAACACUUUGUCGCGUGGAAACUUGAAUCGGAUGUGACCUUUUACACUCUUACGUACAUAUUAAGAAGUAGUUUAAAUAAUAUUACAUAUUCUUUUUAAUUGUACCUUGAUAAAAAAUACCAACAUAUUUAUCAUAAUAAUAAUUAAAAUAUCUCCUGUAAUUUAGUAUACACCCGUCUGUUCAUCCGCCUAAACUAUUUGAUAUUAACAAAACUGACAUAUGAGCUUUGAAGAAGUUUUUAAUAUAUUUUGUAUAUUUUUUUAUGUAAUUAAAGUGAUAGAUAAGCUAAUCGGUGUACAAGCUAUUUAAUCAGUUAUUGAUGACACUUUAAUCGACUUAUUACGGUGUGGUUAUUUACGGUUACAGAGUCGUACUUUUAAGCUGCAUUUACGUAGGAUAUAUUAAUAUUAUA